AGCUGAGCCGGCUAGAGCCAAAGAGGGUAUUCGCCCGCCCAGGGCUCAGCGCCGCCAGUGCCUUUGGGGCAUCUCGCAGGGUCUGCCCGAUGGGCGGCCCCGGGGCCAGGGACAGGGAUUCUGGCAAUCUCAUCCCAUCCCAUCCCAGCGCAAGCCUAUCCAGCAUGCCUGCCCACCUGCGGGUGCUGGAGCUGCAGGUGUCGAAUGCCCCGCUAUUGCCUUUGAGCACAUGCGCGGUGGCCCAGUGACCGUCAAUCACCGCUCCACCCCGCCCGCCGUCGCUGUCUCUGUCGGUCCAACCCGUGCGGCAGCUCCUCUGCUGCAUGCCUCCACCACCAGCCAGGGCCCGCCAUCACCACCUCUUUAUUAUUCUUCGGCUGCCCUCCCCGUCCCGCGAACCCUGCUGCCCGAUCCCUUCUUCUGUCCUCUGUCGCUCGACAUCGUCCUCUCCUCCUCCCAUCGGCCUCUGCCGAACCCAGGCAAACAAACACCACCCUCGUUCCUUGAUACGGCCGCAAGCCACAGACCGACCAGUGUCACUAUAUCAAGCCUUACCUUGUCCCUGGACCCAAGCAUCACAGACCACAUAAUUCACCAUGGGUUCUCGCUGCGGAAAUUGUGGGACCGAGUUCAGCACCGGAAGCUGCUGGUACUGCCAUCCCCAGGCCAAGCUCGACUCGACAUCUUUGACAUCUUCACACGGAGCUUCGCAUUGCUCCUCGAGGCAUACGCACCACAGACAUUAGCCCAAAAGCUCUCGAAAGUCAAACCUCUGACUUUGAAGGUGUCACGUGCAACACAAUAUUAUGCACAACAGCAACAGAGCCUUCUCAACGACGGCCGCGAACCGGCUCAUCACAAAACACCACUCCCGGUUCUGCUUCACACUCGGCCUAGACCCCUGUCUGGCCCAUAUCGCUGCCCGAAUGGGUUAUUUCAAUAUUCAGAGGCAUUGACCUCUCACAACCAUUACCUUACGACUUACUUCGGCACGACUUUUUGAAAUUUACACCAGCGAAAAUGUUUCAAUGCUCAACAUGAUACAGGCUCUGGAGUCACAGGGCGGUUUGUUUUGGAUGGGAAAAAUGGCGUUCAGGCGAAAAGUUGUUUAAGCAUCGUGUUUUCAGGGAUAACGGGACGCACGAGACUUUCGUGGAAUUUCUCCCAGCAGCGCCAUUCUGAGGUGUAGACAUUAGGCGUGUGCCGUGGAAGAGGCGAGAUCUUAGAAUCCAGACAAGGCUCUAGGUUGCACACUCGAAGUGCUCCCACCAGUGUCGCGCGCCGAGAAAGAUACAAUGCUCACGACAAAUCGUGCAGCUUCCACUUACACCAAGAAGUCUGCCAGACAUGUUUACGUGGAUUCACCAAGAUGAGGAAAGCCAUACAACAGGACAAUAGCAAAGGUUCUGCUUCACACAAUGCGAAAGUCAUCAGUGCACACACCUUU